GAAGCGGUUCCGGGGCCGGGAGGGCGGCGCCGUGCCUCAUGUGACAGCGGCUCCAAGGGGAAGCGGCGGCGGAGCCGUGCGGGGCGCGCCGGGGGCGCGGACAGGCCCGCGGAGGUGGCGGCGGCGGCAGCACCGGGCGGGCCCCAGCCAUGGCCGACGACCUGAAGCGGUUCCUGUACAAGAAGCUGCCCAGUGUUGAAGGUCUUCAUGCUAUUGUAGUCUCAGAUAGAGACGGUGUGCCUGUUAUCAAAGUUGCCAACGAUAAUGCUCCAGAACAUGCCCUGCGACCUGGCUUUUUGUCCACCUUUGCCCUUGCCACAGACCAGGGCAGUAAGUUAGGACUCUCUAAAAACAAAAGUAUCAUCUGUUAUUACAAUACAUACCAGGUGGUGCAGUUCAAUCGCUUACCUUUGGUAGUGAGUUUCAUUGCUAGCAGCAAUGCCAAUACAGGGUUGAUUGUAAGUUUGGAGAAGGAGCUCACACCCCUGUUUGAAGAACUGAGACAGGUUGUUGAAGUUUCUUAACCUGAUGGUAUAGCCAGAGUACAGCAUUUCUCUGCAGCCCAGUGGACAGAAAGAUUCAAUAAUCAUCAGUCAAAUAACACAUCUCAGAAGAAAUACCACAGCUCUUUAGUAUACUAAGUAAGAGUAAAUUGUACAUAGUACUGAAUCUGAAAUGAUCUACCAGUGUGUUGUAGGUGGAUGUUACUUUAGGCCAUGCUUCUUGUAUUGUGCAGUACUGGAGAGCCCACCAAAAUAGCUCCCAUGGAGUUUAGCUCAGCCAGCUGAGCCAGGUCGGUGCAAUGCCCUUGGCUCAAAGGAGCAACCCCCAGAUCUUUUCCUUUACAGGGCACCAGGCACAUGGCAGGAUGUGUCCUCAGGCCGGCCACCACUACACGUGGGAAAGCAGAUGAGGUGAAGAGAGUGAGCAAAGACAUGGUUGGAGGCAUUGGGAGAGCAAGUGUGUUAGUGGUGAUGUGUCGGUACAAUCA